AUGAGUCCGAAGAAGGAAAUUACAACUAUCUCUUCCAAGGAACCUAGGAAGCCAAAGAAUACCCAGCCAAGAAAUCGUCUCCCAAAACUAUCAAAGAAUGAGUUGAGCACUAUGAUGUGUAUCCAAGUAACAGAAAGAGGUCUUCGACUCAAGGAGCUAGAGAUUACAUUCCCCUUCCCCAUAUGGCUGGAUCCGCGAAAACGAAAAAAAGUAUCUGAGCAGCCAAAAGAUGAUCGAAUAUCCCCCUCAAAGGUUAGUGAAAAUAAUUAUCAGGAACAGAUUGAGACGAAGAAGAGUAAUGAAUCCUUCAAUUCCUCUGAUGCGAAAAAUUUGACAAGCAUUGAUACCGAAGAGUCCUUAAUUAGCCUAAAAAGAAAAGGCAGGAUAGAAUUUAUUAUGUUGCAUAUUUUAUUGACAUCGGAAAGCAUAAACCCUCUUAAGAGUAAGCUGAUGACUAAUGUCAUAAAGAGAAUGCAUCUAACAACGUACAUGCUGUUUUAUUUUUUACGAAUCGUGAUUGACAUUAUAACGAACAAUUAA